AUGUCCCGCUCCAUCGGCUUUCUGGUCUUCCCCAACAUACAGCUCCUGGACCUGACGGGGCCGUACGACAUUCUCGCCGCCCUGCCGCACACGGCCCUGCACCUCGUCUCCAGGACCCUCGACCCCGUCAUGGCAAGCAGCGGCAUGUACAUGCUCCCGACAUCCACGUACGAGACGUGCCCCAAGCUCGACAUGCUCGUGGUUCCAGGCGGCAUCGGCAUCGGCGAGGUGCUCUUGCAGGAAGACGCCAUCGAGUUUGUGCGGCAGAGGGCCAGCGAGGUCGAGCUCGUCACGGCCGUGUGUUCCGGCUCGCUCGUCCUCGGCGUGGCUGGCCUGCUACGCGGUAAAAAGGCGACGACACACUGGGCAUUCCACGCUCUCCUCGCGUCCCUGGGCGCCGAGCCAGUCAAGUCGCGCGUGGUCCGGGACGGCAACCUCAUCACAGGGGCGGGCGGGACGGCCGGCAUCGACUUUGCCCUGGCCGUCAUGGCCCACCUCGAGGGCGACGAGCUCGCCCAAACCACCCAGCUGUACAUGGAGUACGCGCCCGAGCCGCCGUUCGACUGUGGAACGCCCGAGCGAGCCGGCCCAGAGAUCAUGAAGGCUUUGCGGUCUGUCAACUUGUUCGAGCAGCGUCGGAAAACAAUCGAACAGGCGCUCAAGAUGCACAAGACCGAGGUGUAG